AGUACCGAAAAGUUGUAGAAGAAAUCAGCUAUUCCUAUUCCGCUUGAGGAGUGCUGCUGCACGUAUGUAAGAUUCGGCUUCAAGCGGACGUCCACUUUUGCGACGCCGGUUUGGCUACUACAGAUACAGUUUCGUUUCAGAAGAUAGUAAGUUUCCAUUGAAGCACACUAGAUGCUUGCCAAGUAAAAAUCAAUGUCCGGAGAAGUAGAAAUAAUAAGAAGUAAUCCGACAGAACAACAUUUAGGAACAUACGAAGUCGGUCAAAAGUAGAACAAAAAUAAUGACGUCGCCCCUCUCACUGACAGCGCCGCCGCAGCACGGGUAACCGCGUAGCCUCGUCGUGGAGUUAGAUAGAAGGCCGCGGAUAGCAAAAACUAUAGUAAGAGUAAGAAAGAAAGUAAAGAAACCGGGCCAAUAAAUAAUAGAGAAAUAGCGCAUAGAUUAGCUUAUACACUCCACCCGCGCCCGCCGUGGUCGUGACCUUCGUGCCGUGAUCGAGCGACGCGACAAGGGCCUGCGUUUUUCUUAGGGACGAGGGCGCCGGACAUGUCAGUGAGAGGAACCCGUGGGCUUGUCCUUAUCGAUCUUUUGUCGUUCCCCUGGUUAUUCCUUUGAUUCCACCCAUGCUAUCUUUCUUUGUGCAUCAGCACAGCCAGCGUGCUCGAGAACAUCGCCCCUCUUAACGACGUCGGAUGUGGACGCGCCUACACGCGCGACAGAAGGACCUCCGCCAACGACGGGGGAGGGUCAACCGAGGAUCGACGACGGGGGAGCUUUCAUUCUGUACUACGUCGGAGCGGGCGACGUUUUUAUAAUAUCAUCAUGCUGCACUACUUCAUUUCGACGGUGGAGGGAUUGGGAGUCCUCCACUGCGGGCUUCAGCCUACAGGUAACUCUGUUGCUUCGCCCUCACAACCAUUCGACACAGUAGUGGCUCACUUCUUCUCGACGAACAGGCGUGGCGUCUGGGCACUCUGGCAACGGGCUUCGGUCUCGACCCUGUUGUGUGCCAGCGCUACAACUCCAAACUUUGCGCCCCGAGCCAUCUGAGUGGUUUGACACGCAUCGCGGUGUAGUAGCUAGUAUGUUGCGUUGUCUCUCCAUCGGAAAUUACGACAUCAAGUGAAGACGCACAGCAAGCGGACACAACUACUGCCGCGGAUCCAGCGAGCCACUACACUCAAGCGGCCUGCGACACCAUGGGGGCGCUUGCAGUACAGACCGGCAGUUGGGCUUUGAGCAAGGACCGAGGAAGACAACGCCCUAGUGGUUUACAGACCUACGCCGAGGAAGACAGCGCCCUAGUGGACCGAGGAAGACAGCGCCCUAGUUUAGGGUAUACCUACAAGCAGCGUUACAAGUUCAAAGGCAGAAAAGUUUUCGUACAAGAAUCUAGCACGUAAUAUGAGGAUGAUACAAUACACAGGGUUUAGGAAAAAAGUCUGUGUUCAGACUUGGCGCGCUAGUUCGACUUUUGUUUCAUUACAAGACCACUAUGCGUGGCCCGCACUGCAUACACGCACCGGGAAGCAAUAGUCUUAUUAGUGUAGUGUUAUGGUGGAGGGUUAACUGCUCUGCGGUGCCCGAGUCUGUCGAACACAAGUAGUCGUACUUGGCGCAAGUUUUAGGCGCUACGCUACUCGCCACACCGCACCCGUACCCGUACCCUUUGAAAGGCAUGCCUGCGUGUGACGGACCAGAAGUGGCGUAGUUCUGUUCAAAAGGUUGUAAUCCCGGAUGCUGCGAUAGACUUUUAUUGUCUGGUCGGCGCCACUGUGAAAACACGCAUAGAAAAUGAUGGGUUCAGGGAUUUACUUACAAGGCAGCGCUACUAGCACCAGAAGAACAAAACUUCCACGGGGAAAGCACUUCUACACUAAUAUGAGGAUGAUACACUAGACAGGGUUUAGGGAAAAAAGUCUGUGAUCAGGCUUGGCGCGCUAGUUCGACUAUUGUUUCAUUACAAGACCACUGCUGGUGGCCCGCACUGCAUACAUGCAUCGGGAAGUAAUAGUCUUAUUAGUGUAGUACUUUGGCGGAGGUGCGUAACACCACCCGAGUCGGGUACAAGUGGUUGUACUAGGCACAAUGAUUAGGUGCUACACUACUCGCCACGCACGCCCAUACCAUACCAUACAGAUCUACGGUUCGUCUUGCUUGGCUAGUCAACUGCGAAAACAUGUCCUAUGGUUAGCUUAAAAGAGAGAAUAGCUUAGUAGAUAGAAGCUGACUGUAGUGGUUUCCUCCUCCUCCUCCUCCGACAGAACAAUCGGAAUGUCAAAAUGAAUAUCUUACAGUAACAAGCAACAUCCUCACCUUUAUUUAGAUAAUAAAUUGCUGCUGUUGUGGCGGGAUGAAAACGUUUCCAAUUCAAUCAACUAAAAAAGAACAACCGAAAUGGCGAGAAAAUGGUAAUAUGGAGAGACGGAAGUAGAUAAACCUAACUUGACAAUACGACUCGACAAGUUGCUGCACGACGUAAAUACAAGAAGUAGCAGCAAGCAAUGGGAUGCGCAAUGCGAAGAUCGAAUUCGACUUGCAGCACGCAUCAGUAAUGGCUCGGGGCGCAUAUUAGUCGAUUCUCGUGUAAAUUCUGCCGCGAUAUUCCUUCCUUGGCCUCAAGGAACGGGUCAAUAUAGCGCAUCAGUUCGUUGUCAAUACUCAGCAACUUUUUUUUGGAUAUUUUGACAACAGCCGAGGUGGCCGACAGUCUUUUCUUUUUCGACAUUUUAUUCCGCGCCCGACUAAAAGAGGACAAGAAGCGGUUCACUAUAGAAGUGGGCGGUGGAACUGGAAAAGGAAAUGCAAUUUAGGGACGGAAAGACGAGGGGGCUCUGGCUCGCUCGGUCGGGGGGACUUACAAUGGAACCCUUCUCCGAGCUCAUCUGCGCCAUUUGCAGCCCUCGUCUUACAGGGUCCAGAUAAAUUGCUACGUUCCGCGUGACGCUUGAUCCUUCUGAUAGAACCCUCUUUACUUUUUUCGUACGGGAAGUGGAGGAUGGGACAGGGAGAAGCAACUUCAAUUUUCUCGCAGAUAUGAAUAGGCGGUGACAAACAAGGUGGAACCCAGGGAGCGAAUGAAUGAACAAUGAGAUCCUAUGUUAUGGCGGCAUGUCAGGACUUCCCCAAUGUAUUUUAUCGGAGGAUAGAUAAAG